AACAAAAAGCUUGUGGUGUACCGCAAGGCUACUGCGUUGGUUCAUAUCUUUUACUGUAUUGUGCGUGUUGUGCCUUCAGGAAUACAGUUGUUUCGGUGGAAUGAUUGCUAACCUACAGGUGUAACGUCUGGGAAACGCAGCGGACGUACCGGGCCGCACGUGCAGAUGAAGACAGUUGGAGUAAACAGUAUGAUCCUGCACGUGAUUUUCGUGUGUCUCGUGUUUAAUCUGACACCGACCACCGCAGCUGGCAACAUCACCACCAAAGAGCGUGAUCUUCUAAAUCGUCUGCUUAACGACACAAUUUAUGAUGCAACAAUUCGACCGAGGGUGGAAUCAGGGGACGCAACGCGUGUGGAGCUGGACCUGACCCUCAAAUCACUGGGACCAGUUAACGACAUCGAGAUGGAAUUCAGCGCCAGUUUUUUCCUCCGACAGUCUUGGCGUGACCAUCGCUUGGCUUACGACGACUUGAACACCAGCGUUGUCAUCAGCGAAAAACGCCUGGACUCGCUGUGGGUGCCUGACCUGUACUUCCCCCAGUCCAAACGGGAGAGCAGACAUGACAUUACUAUUCCCAAUGUCAUGAUUCGUCUGUCUCCCGACGGAUCCAUCUUGUACUCGCAGAGAUUGUCGGUAACCUUUGAUUGUCACAUGGACCUUGUCAAGUUUCCCAUGGACAAACAGACGUGUCAGAUUGACAUGGAAAGUUAUAGUUUCACAACCGACGAUCUCUACUUUGCUUUCUCCUCUGAAAGGCCCCCUGUAGAGAAGGGCAAAGGGGCAGAUAUCCCCGACUUCACCAUCACGGGGAUUACUCACGAAGACUGCUCCGUCACAUACGCUACAGGGACAUUCACAUGCUUAAGAGCAAUUCUCCACCUCAAACGAGAAAUCGGCUUCUACGCUACACAGACCUACAUCCCCAGCAUCCUCAUCGUCGUGUUGUCCUGGGCCUCGUUCUGGAUCGACCACGAGGCAGUUCCCGCCAGAAUCUCCGUGGGGCUCCUAACAGUCCUAACCAUCACCACCCAGAGCUCAGGUGCGCGCGCACAACUUCCCAGGGUUCCUUACGUGAAGGCCAUCGACGUGUGGAUGUCGGCGUGCCUCGUGUUUGUGUUUGCCGCCUACAUGGAGUAUGCUGUCGUUUCUGUUCUGUCCCGGCGACACAAGAAGGGGGACAGAUACAGCUCCAAAGAUUCUAGCAACACAAGUUUCACAGACACUGACCCCUCGAAACCGUCAUCCCUCGAUGGCAGCAAUGGUGCGCACAGCAGAAAAGUGCCCAAAGAUGCUGGAGUGAGGGUGGACUCUAUUUCACGAUACGGAUUCCCUCUGUCCUUCCUCAUAUUUAACAUCGUGUACUGGGUGUUCUAUAUCCAUGUUGACUGAUUGCGCGAUGCACUCUGGGUGUUCAAACACCCCGGGCAAAAGAAAGUAUACACCCAUGUUUGAUGGUGGCUAAAAAUGAAACAAAAACAAAAUGGUUAUUCAAUCUUGAUAUGUUUUGGACCGUAGGUUCGCAGUGUUUCGACGACCUUUUUCAACCUAGUAACUUUUUGAGAACGUUUGUAAUUUUUUGGGUCAAAUCCCUUUUCAAGUGUAUACUUUCUUUUGCACAGCAGUGUAUCUGUAAUGCAUGUUCAUGAACAUGUUAAGGCUUUUCUUUAAAUACUUCUCUUCUUUGGUCAUAUUUGUUAUAUUUACAUGUAAAUAAACACUAUGAAAACACAA